AUGGAACACAGUUUGAAAAGAAAGUCCCCAGAAAACGGAUUCAAUAGCUUUUCUCUGGAUGAUCUUAAUGAAGAUCUCUUUGAAAGGGUACUUUCAUGGUUACCAACUUCCACAUUCUUCCGCCUUACUUCUGUGUGCAAAAGAUGGAAAUCAGCUGCUGCUUCUGUGAGUUUCAAGCUUGCUUGCUCACACAUUCCUUCGCGUAAUCCUUGGUUUUUGAUGAUUGCUCCCAGCCUCAACCAAUCUAUUAUCUUUGACUCUUCUGAAAACACUUGGAAGAGACUAAAUCAUCCUUGUCUUCUUCAUGAAGAUUCCAACAGAAGUUGCAUGCCUGUUGCAGCCUCUGGUGGCCUUGUUUGCUACAGAAAAUUGUCAGGAAACUUCAUUGUGUGCAAUCCGGUGACCGGAGCUUGUAGUGAACUCCCUCCAUUGCAUUUUGCCCCAGAGAAUCAAUCUCUCAAUGCCAUUGUGAUGAGUACAACUUGCAAAGACCAAAUCUCCUACAAGAUUGUAUUAGUCUUUGGUGAACUUCCAAAUCUUUUGUAUAAAGUCUACCACUCAAGCUCUGGCAGUUGGGAAGACGAGACCGCGCUGAUGAGGAAGGUUGAUGAUAAUUCCAUGGAUUGUGAUUCAACUGAUGACAAUGUUGUUUACUUCCUUAGCAAGGCUGGAAAUGUGGUGGCAAGUAGCAUGCAGAGAAGUCCAUCUAAGCAAUACUCAUCAGUUAUUACUAAAAAAGAUGGUAAAGAGAUAGUUUAUUUUCUUAGCUCCUCAGGGACAGUAGUGGCUUGCAAUUUGACAUGCAAGUGCUUCUUUGAGUACCCCAGGUUGUUACCUGUUUUUAGUGAGUACUCUAUUGAUGUUGUGGAGUGUAAUGGUGAGAUGGUAGUUGUGUUGUUAUAUGAAUUCUUGGAAAGUACAAGUCUUAGGGUGUGGAAAUUUGAUGAGGCUAAUAGAUGCUGGCAACAGUUAGCAGCAAUGCCUGCAGCAAUGUCUCAUGAGUGGCAUGGAAAGAAGGCAGAUAUUAACUGUGUUGGAGCUGGUGAUAGGAUAUUUAUAUGCUUGAACUCCCCUGAGCUGUGUACUUAUAUUAUGUGUGAUUUGGUGACCGACAAGUGGAUUGAAUUGCCAAAAUGUUGCAUAAAUGGCCAAGUCAUAGAGUUCAUGUCUGCCUUUUCAUUUGAGCCCAGGAUUGAGGCUUCUGUAUGA